AUGUCGGUGCAUAAGUGCUGUGUACCUAACUGCGAUAAUAGUCGCUCAAACAAUACGAUAAUGCAUUUGUUUCCUAAUCCGAAUUUGGAUAUGGAGAGGUUUCGGACUUGGAUCUAUGCAGUCGGUGGUGACAUUCUAGCGCUUGAAAAUAGUGUUAUUUUCAAACUACGUCGGAUUUGCCAUGAACAUUUUGAAUCUAAAUACUUAACCAGAAGCAAUCGGCUUGCAGCUAACGCGGUGCCAACAUUAAAUUUGCCAGGGUUUUCAAUCUCUAAGAGCCUUCCUUUGAAAAAUAUCACCAAUACUCUCUGCAAUUUGGAAAAUGUUGAAACCGAUCAUCAAUCUACCUCUAAAGCGAACAAUGAUAAGACAUCAACUAAGCAACCUGUGCUUGAUGGAUUUCCAUCAACCUCUAAAUUUAAUAUUGAAAGUAUGGAACUAGUUCAGUCUACCUCAAAAGCCAGCAUUGAAAAAGUGGAGAACAAAUCAACAGAUUCUCCUGUGUUGAAAGGUGCAAAAAAUCUGCCUUUAUCUGAGAGAUACUCAAAUGAAGCAUCUUGGCUUCAAAAGAAAUUGCACAAGCUCCAACUGUCCAAGAACUCCAUGGUGACAAGGUUGAAAAAGGCUUUGAAAUUAUCCGAAAAUGCAACAUUCCAAAAGGCAGUAAGCAAAGGAGGCUGA